CACACACUCGGUUUACGGCCGCAGCUUGGCGCGCUUUUGGGCGGUCCUGGGUAUGGCACGGAGUGAGGGUGUCCGGGAGACCUCGACUUUGCUGGGGGUCCUCUGUGGACUCGAGUAGAGCUGCCGUUCUGUCUUCGGGGGAACUCAACUCCUCAGGCCUGGGGUCUCCGGCGGGCUGGUGUGCUUUCUGCCGGGGGGAAGCAGAGGCGGGCUGCUCCCUCUGGUUUACCCACCCGGCUAAAGUUGAGCCUUUGUUGGAGGUAGCAGCUGCGAUCACUCCUUUCCGUGUCUGUUCGCUACUUGUCUCAUUCGCCUCCGGGCGUGGAGUUUUUAGUCACACCUUUUAGAAUUCGAGUUAACUGACAGAAUUUGAAGAUAAUUUCGAUAUAUGGAAAAGAGUCUUGUUUCUUUGAGAUCCAAGCCGGUUAAUUUGUCAUGAAAAACUUAGUCCCUUUGUGGUAAGAGGUACAUCGAGAUUUCACUUGCAAGAUGGAAGGUCCCUCAGACUCAGCUGUGAUUUUACCUAGGACUCCAGAGGCCUGUGCAAGUCCACCAUCUCAUUGUACAAAUAGCUCACAAAAACAACCCAUGAGUGCAACACUUAGAGAAAGAUUAAGGAAAACAAGAUCUUCAUUUAAUUCCUAUUACAAUGUGGUAAAACGUCUUAAAGUAGAGGAUGAGGAAAAUGACCAGACUUGUUCAGAGAAACCACCAUCUUCCACAGAAGAAAACUGUUUGCAAUUUCAGGAAAGUUUUAAACACAUAGACAGUGAAUUUGAAGAAAGUACCUGUUUGAAAAAUACCUUCAAGAAUACCAGUGCAUGUGAAACUAAAUCACUUGAUAGUGAGUCGUGCAGUGCUCUCCAAAGUGAGUUUGUGAGUAAGAAUCUACCUAAACAAGGAUUAAAUGAAGAAAAAGCAAAAUUGGUAAAGCAGGUUCAGGAGAAAGAAGACUUACUUCGGAGGCUAAAACUAGUCAAAAUGUAUAGAUCAAAGAAUGACCUGUCUCAGUUAGAAUUGUUAAUAAAGAAGUGGAGAAGCUGUAGCCAGGUGUUGCUUCACGAGUUGCAGUCAGCCUUGUCUCAAGAGAACAAGAAACUGAGCCUUACUCAAUUGAUAGACCACUAUGGGUUAGAUGAUAAAUUGUUACACUAUAAUAGAAGUGAAGAAGAAUUUGUAGGUAUUUGAUAAUUUUUUUUUCUCCAGAAUAUCUUUGAGAAUGACAACUUAAUUAGAAGAUACUUAACACGUUGUAAAGGAAAGUUAUCUUGAUCCAUGUCAAUUUAGGGCACUCUAAUAGAUUUAAUACAAAUGAAGUUCUAAAUUGAAAUGUAAUAUUUUGGAUAGAUUUGCCAAAGAAAACUUGCCAUUUAAAGUAAUGUGAAAAAAAUUAUGUUUAUAAUUUGGACAAUUCUGGAAACUAAUUUUAAUACAUUGUUUUUAAUGGCAAAAAGUUGUUAAAAAAUUGUCUAAUCAGGUGAUGUCUGAACCUAAACUGGUCCAGAAUGCCUGCCUCUGCUAAGCGAUAAACCUCUUUUCCAUCUUGCCACAUACUUCCAUCUGAUGAUCCAGCGAGUAAUUAAAUGCAUGUCUAAAAUUGCA